UGAUCGUUACUUUUCUCAAUUUCACCCAUUUUCAUGUUUAUCAUCAUUUAAAUAAUCUCAUUCAGCUAAACAUUCAUCUACAACAAUCAUUAAUUCAAAGUGAUCUUCAGAUCUGGAAGGGACAAAAUAAAACAGCAAUACUGUGUUUCUGUGCAAAUCAAGUGUAAAAACUGUUCAAUUGAAGAUCUCCAUUUCCCAUUGUUUAUUAUUCCCUUUCAUCUUUUAAUCAAAGUUUAACCAGCCAUAAUUUAACCAUGAAAUUCAAAGAGAACACUGUAAUUUCAGGAAUCUCUGGAAGAUAUCCUGAAUCAGACAGUAUUGAAGAGUUUUGGACUAAAUUAUUGAAAGGAGUUGAAUUAUACACUGCUGAUGAUCGCCGUUGGCCAUUGGGUUGCAUGAAUUUACCUCGUUUUACGGGUAAACUGAAAGACAUAUCUCGACUUGAUGCCGAGUUUUUUGGUGUUAAUCCAAAAGAAGCCAACUUUAUGGAUCCUCAAAUAAGGAUACUUCAUGAGGCAAUUUACGAAGCCAUUUGGGAUUCAGGUGUGAGUCCAGACUCAUUACGAGGAAGUAAAACUGGCUUCUUUGUUGGUUACUGUUACGAUGAUACAUUGAUUGCUCUUCGUGAGGACGAAUCAAACCCUCCUGAAUAUUUGGAGCUUGGUGUGGCCAGAAUAUCUUAUGCAUUUGAUUGGAAUGGACCGGCAAUACUGAUUGAUACAGCAUGUGCAUCAAGUUUUUCCGCUCUUAACCAAGCUUUAUUAUCAAUCAUCUCUGGUGACUGUGACCAGGCCAUUGUUGCUGGUGUUGGUAUUCAACUGUGGCCCAACACAUCGGCUGCUUUCCAUCAGUUGAACAUGCUUUCAGACGAUGGUAAAUCCAAGUGUCUUGACUCCUCGGCUGACGGUUAUUGUCGAUCUGAAGCUGUUGUUGCCAUGUUUGUACAGAAAGAGUCAGUUUCUAAACGAAUCUAUGCUCGAAUCCUUGAUUGUCAAACCAAUUGUGAUGGUUACAAACCAGAAGGAAUAACAUUUCCAAAAUAUGAGACUCAAUUGAGUCUAAUGCAAUCAAUUUACAAUUCACUGGGAAUCGAUCCAUUGACCAUUGAUUAUGUUGAAGCUCAUGUAACGGGUACCAAAGCGGGUGAUCCAGUCGAAUCAUCUGCUUUGGUUAAAGCAUUGAGACCCAAUUCAGACAAAACUCUGUUAGUAGGUUGUCUCAAGUCAAACAUGGGUCACAGUGAAGGGGCAUCAGCUCUUUGUGCAAUCACAAAGGUGGUCAAGAUAUUUCAAAAUGGUUUGAUUCCUCCAAAUAUAAACUUUAAUGAACCUAAUCCAUUCAUAGAGUCACUGAUUAAAGGAGUUAUUAAACCAGUCUUGGAAGUAACUCCUUAUGAAAAGGAUUUAAUUGCAGUCAACUCAUUUGGCUUUGGUGGUGUCAAUGUUCAUUCAGUGUUAGCUGCCAACCCUAAACGGACUACAGUUAAAGACAAAUUGUUGAGUGACAAAUCAAUUCCUCGUUUAGUUAACUUCAACAAUCGAACCAUUCAGGGUUUGACUGAGAUUGAAAAUUUUAUCCAAUCUCACAAAGGUAAAUUAACUUGUGAUCUAUUAGCUUUGCUAAAUGAUGUUAGCAAAAUUGAACCAGAAACUGGUUUAAAACAUCGAGGAUAUUUGAUUUUGGACAACAAUCAAUCAAUAAUAAUGUCUGAUUACGGGGAAACUGAACGUCGGAAGCCUCUUUGGAUAGUUUUCCCUCCUUUAUUCAGUUACUCUGUUGACUUGAAUCUAAGUCGCCAGUUAAUGUCAAUCCCAAUCAUUCAUGAAAAGAUAAAAUCUUUCAAUUCCGUGUUGACUCCUUUCGGUAUUAACCUGAUUGAGUUGCUUACUCAAGAAAACGGUAAAUCAUCACGAGAACUUGUAACAUCAUUAGUAUCAAUGGUUGCAACUCAAAUGGCACUAUUUGAGUUCAUCAAGUUAUUGGAGUUACAACCUGACGGUAUAAUGGGUCAUUCAUUGGGUGAGAUUGCUGCAGCGUAUGCUGAUCAAUGUCUAACCGGUGAACAAGCGUUACUGGUUGCCUACUGGAUUGGUGUUACUUGUUCCCAAUCAAUCAACAAAUCAGGUGCAAUGGUCAAGAUCAACCUCGACUGGGAAGAAAUUGAAUCUUUAAAACCAAGUGACGUUGAACUAUCAUCAUUGGACUCAAAAUCAUCAACAAUAAUCACAGGUCCAGCUGACUCGAUUAGUGCAUUUGUACAGAAACUUGAAGCCAAGUAUGAAAAAGUCAACUGUAAAUGGUUAGACUCGUUUAAAAUACCAUUCAAUUCAUCAAUUAUGGAAUCAAUAACUGCUUCUGUUGCCACCAAAUUGUCACCCAUUCUAACCAACUGUAAACAACGCUCCGACGCUUGGUUGAUAACUUCAGCUCAACCUAAACGUUGGGAUGAUUAUGAUUGUCAAUACAUAACAGCAAAUUAUUUCAUCCGAUUGUUGAAGUCUCCGAGUUACUUUUAUGAAGCCUCAACAUAUUUACCAACCAAUGGCAUUUUCAUUGAAAUGGGUUCAUCUCAAUGGACAUUAGAUGUUUUGUCUGAUAAAUUGGGCUCUUCAUCAAUGAGAAUGUCAAUAUUGGGCCAUGAAAUUGACAAUUCAUCAACAAAUUAUCAACAAGGAAUUUUGUCCAUUUUCAAAUCAAUUGGUGAGAUUUAUAUUGCUGGACAUAACCCAUCAAUUGAAAAGCUUUAUCCAACUGUAAAGUAUCCAGUUUCUCGUGAGACACCUUCAAUUGGACAUCUACUUCAAUGGGACCAUUCAACAUCAUAUUUAGUCACUAAAUUUCCUCAAUAUUAUACUUUACAACAGAAAGAUUUAGAGACAAUUGUUGAUCUAAUGAAUCCUGAGUGGAAAUUUAUUCGUGGCCAUUGUAUUGAUGGACGUAUUUUGUUUCCAGCAACUGGUUACCUCUACAUUGUCUGGUGUAACAUUGCUUAUAAAUUGGGUGAAUAUUGUCCAGAUAAUUUACCGAUUGAAUUUUUCGAUGUUAAACUUUACCGAGCCACAAUUAUAAGCCUAAAUUCACCAGCUAAAUUUACUGUUUAUGUCAAUGAAAAGGGCGAUCAUUUUACUAUCAAGGAAAGUGACACCAUUUGUGCGACAGGCAGAUGGAGGAUCCCAAAACAAGCCAAUUACAAAUUUAAAAAUGCUCUGGUUCAUCGACCAAUCAAAGACAAUGCUAUCACUCUUGGACCCAAAGAUAUUUAUAAAGAGUUUCGUGUUCGUGGUUACGAUUAUGGAGAUUCAUUUCAGGGUUUAACUGAAGCUCUAUCCGAUGGUAGUUGGGGUCGAAUCAAGAAGACGACUCAUUGGAUUAGUAUGGCUGACUCUUGUUUACAAAUAUCACUGCUUGGCUCAUCAGAUCGUAAAUUGUAUUUACCAAAUUAUAUGGAAUACGUUUUCAUCAAUCAAAAGGUUACAUUAGAAUCGAUUGAAUCUUCAAGACGAUCAGCACCUCAAGGAACACAGGGAACAAUUGACAUUUACUUUGAUAGAGAUGCCAAUAUCGGUGCUGCUCCAGGCCUACUCAUUAAAGGAGCUAAAGCUUCUCCGGUUGGUCGUCGUCAAGAUACUCAGAUUGCUCGUCUUGAGACAACAAUGUUUACUCCUUAUGAUCAAUCGAUUUCAUUGACAGCAAAGACUUCAAUUGGAUUGGAUUCCUAUUCAAAAUAUUGUUCUCAGUGCAUUGAGAAUCUUCGAACUGAAUCUCCGAUUGAUGAUGAGGAGACAAUUAAACGAAUGUUGUCAAUCAAAGAUGAAUCUCAUACAUUAUUAAAUAUCCUUUACUUGGCUUGUACAACAGCAACAACUGACGACAAUCAAAAUACAGUUAAAGAUGGUAAAGGUGAAUUUAGACGUCUCAUUGAAACGAAUCGUAAAUUUUUAGUCAAAGACAUGUUGAUGAAGGAACCACUAAAAGCAUGCUUGGAGCCGCAAUUGUCCAUAAUUGGGGAAAAUAUUUCAUUGAAGCAAAUUGCAGUUUCUGACAUUAAUUUUUCAAUCGACUCUCUUUCGGAUGUUAUCAAUGAUUACUUCAAUUUCAUUGGGAUUCGGUCAACAACAACAUUUGCAGUUCCUGAGUCUUUAUUUGCCUUUGUUGAAACAAAUGGUCCAAAAGUUAUUCAAUUUCAUAAUGAUUUUAAGCGAAUGAGUGAUAUUCAUUCAUCUGAUUUGAUUGUCUUGCGAGACGAUCAAGUCAAUUUUAACUUUCAAAAUCUAUUGCCUGCUGAUGUUACAUUUAAAUUGAAAGAAACACUGGAAGUCACUCAUGAGUGCUUAAAGGAUGGCGGUUUUAUUUUGUUUAUUACUAGAAGUAAAUUGUCAUUAGUUGAACAACAAUUAGAUUCAAUGAUAGCACAAAAUGAGUUUAAAUUUAAAGACAUUGAAAGUCUAGAGUCAACAUUCAAGGAAACAGGGUUCACUUUGAUUGCAACCAAACAUGUAACCAAAGAAGGAUGGAUUUCGAUUCUUGCACGAAAAUGUGUUCCAUCCGAAGGUUCGGCUUUCUCAACUAUUCGAGUUACCAUGAAAAAUUAUGAUUGGGUCACUGAAUUGAAAGAAAAGCUGAUUGAAAAGGACAAUAAGGUUUGGUUAGUUGGAACAGGAUCGACAAAUGGUAUUCUUGGGUUAACAACUUGUCUCCGUAAAGAGCCAAGGGGUAACCUAUUGAGGUGCUUAUACUAUCCAACAAAAGAAGAGGACGAAGAAAUUGAAAUUCCAGAUGAGAUUCUUGAAAAGGAUUUGGCGUUCAACAUAAUAAAUGGAGAUUGUGUUGGAACUUUAUCAUCACAGCUACUGGAAGAUGUCGAUGAGUUUAAAGUUGAUGCUAAAGAUCGUUACAUUGAUGUCAAAACAAAAGGAGAUUUAUCUUCAUUCCGAUGGUUCCAGGCUCAAUUUGACACUUGGCCAUCUCCAUUACCUGUUGAAUCAAUGAAAAAUAACGUUGAUAUGAUUAGUGUUUAUUACGGAUCACUUAAUUUCAAAGAUGUUAUGGUUGCUUCAGGAAGGAUUCCAGUCAAUGCUUAUCCACAGAAUCAUUAUCAACUGGUUGAAUCUCAUGUAGGAAUGGAGUAUUCCGGUAUUGAUGCUAAUGGUGAUAGAGUUAUGGGAAUUUGUGUUGGUGGUUCAAUUGGUACUUCAAUAAUGAUCGAUUCAAGAUUUUACAGAAUGAAAAUCCCUGAUAAUUGGACUCUUGCUGAGGCAGCAACAAUCCCUGUCGUUUAUUUUACCGCUUACUAUGGUUUAAUCAUUAGAGGUAAUUUGAAACGCGGUGAAUCUGUCUUGAUUCAUGCUGGAUCAGGAGGAGUUGGUCAAGCUGCAAUUUCAAUCUGUCUUGCAAUGGAUUGUACAGUGUUUACAACGGUUGGAACUCAAGCUAAGAGAGAUUUUAUCAAACAACGAUAUCCAGCAAUUGAUGAUGAUCAUAUUGCCGAUUCUCGAUCAACAUCAUUUGAAGAGCAAAUUAUGAAAGUAACAAAUGGUCAUGGGGUUGAUUUAGUUCUUAAUUCACUGGCUGAAGAUAAAUUCAAAGCUUCGAUUCGAUGUCUUGCUGAUUGCGGACGUUUUAUUGAGAUAGGAAAAUAUGAUUUGGUUCAAGACACUAAGAUUGAUUCAACAAUAUUAGACCAUAACAAAUCA